GGAGCCGAACAUAAUUGGGAAGGCAAGAGACCGGAAGUGACCGCUGUUUGGCCAAUUCUCCCACCUCCUGGUGCCUGUCUUAGGAUGAGGCGGCCUGAGGGCUGUGGCUGAGCUGCGGUUGCCAGUGACAAGUCGGAGCCGGGACAGUUAACAUAAUGGCAGAAACAGCUUCUCCACUGAAGCACUUUGUGCUGGCUAAGAAGGCGAUUACUACAGUCUUUGACCAGUUAUUGGAGUUUGUUACUGAAGGAUCACAUUUUGUUGAAGCAACGUACAAGAAUCCAGAACUUGAUCGAAUAGCAACCGAGGAUGAUCUGAUAGAAAUACAGGGGUAUAGAAACAAGCUUUCCAUCAUUGGUGAGGUGCUGUCUAGGAGACACAUGAAAGUGGCAUUUUUUGGCAGGACAAGCAGUGGAAAGAGCUCUGUUAUCAAUGCAAUGUUGUGGGAUAAAGUCCUCCCUAGUGGGAUUGGUCAUACAACCAAUUGCUUCCUGAGUGUUGAAGGAACUGAUGGGGAUAAAGCCUAUCUUAUGACAGAAGGAUCAGAUGAAAAAAGAAGUGUGAAGACAGUUAAUCAGCUGGCCCAUGCCCUUCAUAUGAACAAAGACUUGAAAGCUGGCUGCCUUGUACAUGUGUUUUGGCCAAAGGCAAAAUGUGCCCUCUUGAGAGAUGACCUGGUUUUAGUAGACAGUCCAGGUACAGAUGUCACUACAGAGCUGGAUAGCUGGAUUGAUAAGUUUUGCUUAGAUGCUGAUGUCUUCGUUUUGGUUGCAAACUCAGAAUCAACACUAAUGAACACGGAAAAACAUUUUUUUCACAAGGUUAAUGAGCGACUUUCCAAGCCUAAUAUUUUCAUUCUGAAUAAUCGUUGGGAUGCCUCUGCAUCAGAGCCAGAAUACAUGGAUGAUGUACGCAGACAGCACAUGGAAAGAUGCCUACAUUUCUUGGUGGAGGAGCUUAAAGUUGUGGAUCCUUUGGAAGCACAGAAUCGUAUUUUCUUUGUUUCUGCAAAGGAGGUUCUUAGUGCUAGAAAGCACAAAGCACAGGGGAUGCCAGAAGGUGGUGGGGCACUUGCUGAAGGAUUUCAGGCAAGAUUACAGGAGUUUCAGAAUUUUGAACAAAUCUUUGAGGAGUGUAUCUCGCAGUCAGCAGUGAAAACAAAGUUUGAACAGCACACUAUCAGAGCUAAACAGAUACUAGAUACUGUGAAAAACAUAAUGGAUUCAGUAAACGUGGCAGCAGCAGAGAAAAGGGUUUAUUCAAUGGAAGAGAGGGAAGACCAAAUUGAUAGACUGGACUUUAUCCAAAACCAGAUGAACCUUUUAACACUGGAUGUUAAGAAAAAAAUCAGAGAGGUUACAGAGGAGGUGGCAAACAAGGUUUCAUGUGCAAUGACAGAUGAAAUUUGUCGACUCUCUGUUUUGGUUGAUGAAUUUUGUUCUGAGUUUCAUCCUACUCCAAGUGUAUUGAAAGUAUAUAAAAAUGAGUUGAAUAAGCACAUAGAAGAUGGUAUGGGAAGAAAUUUGGCUGAUCGGUGUACCAACGAAGUCAAUGCUUCAAUGCUUCAAUCCCAGCAGGAAAUUAUUGAAAAUUUGAAGCCGUUACUUCCAGCUGGUAUACAGGAUAAACUACAUACACUGAUUCCUUGCAGGAAAUUUGAUCUUAGUUAUGACCUAAAUUGCCACAAGUUAUGUUCAGAUUUUCAAGAGGAUAUUGUAUUUCGUUUUUCCCUGGGCUGGUCUUCCCUUGUCCAUCGUUUCUUGGGCCCCACAAAUGCUCAGAGGGUGCUUCUAGGAUUAUCAGAGCCUAUCUUUCAGGUCCCCAGAUCUUUAGCUUCUACUCCCACUGUUCCUACCAAUCCAGCAACGCCAGAUAAUGCAUCACAGGAAGAACUUACAGUUACCUUAAUAACGGGAUUAGCUUCUCUCACAUCUAGAACAUCUAUGGGUGUCAUCAUUGUUGGAGGAGUGAUUUGGAAAACUGUAGGAUGGAAACUCAUAUCUGUUUCAUUAAGUAUGUAUGGAGCACUGUAUCUUUAUGAAAGGCUGACCUGGACCACUCGUGCCAAGGAAAGAGCCUUUAAACAGCAGUUUGUGAACUAUGCAACUGAAAAACUGCAGAUGAUCGUUAGCUUCACAAGUGCAAACUGCAGCCAUCAAGUACAACAGGAAAUGGCAACCACUUUUGCUCGCCUGUGCCAACAAGUUGAUAUUACGCAAAGACAUCUGGAAGAAGAAAUUGCUAGACUAUCCAAAGAAAUAGAUCAAUUGGAGAAAAUACAAAACAAUUCAAAGCUCUUAAGAAAUAAAGCUGUUCAACUUGAAAAUGAGCUGGAGAAUUUUACUAAGCAGUUUCUAUGCUCAAGCGAUGAAGAAUCUUAAUAGAGAUUGCUUUGGUGAUCAUCAUAGGAGAAAAUGGAACUUGGAAAAUUGGGACACUUGUUAUUUUUAUGAAAUGACAUUAAGUAUGAAUUAUAUUAACUGUACCUAAACAGCAAAUCCUUGUGUAGAUUCUGGUAAUGAUCUACCUCAGGGUGUUUGCAUUUCUUAAGAGUGUUACAAUGUCUCUUUAGUUUUAAUUUUGGGUAAAGAAAAGACUAAAUUGUUUGAUAUGUUAAAAUGAUGAAUUAGUCAAAAGCAACAGAACCAACUAUAUGACCCCUGAGGGGUGGGGCCUUGCUCUUAAUUAGGGCUCUCUUUGUUUAUGAUUCUUAAAAACUCUGCUCCUGGCAUCCAGGAAUUCGAGAAUGCUCCUUUCAUCUUCUUUCUCAAAACAAUUUUUGAUGCCUACUUUAAUGGGAAUAGUCACUUUCGUUUUAUAAACUGCAUUGCUCUAACCACUAAGGAGGGGUGGUGGAAUGUUUGAAUGUUAUUUAUGCAAGUUACAAUCACUUUUGCCAUCCUGGCAGGUAUGUAAACCACUAAUAAAUAUGCUCUUUUUACUCUUUUCUUUUAUUCCCAUUAAACUGAUGUAAAACAAUAUAAAGGUUUGUUACUAUAAAUAGUUUUCUUACUAUAGAAGUGUCUGGGUUUAAAUAAUUUCGAUACAUUUCUAAAGAAACAUUUUCAGCUUCAACUCUGAUUACAGCAAGGAACUUGCUCUCUGAUGGUUAGGAGUAAAGUGUGAAGUGAUAAAAAUAGCCAAAGAUAUAGGCAGUUGAAUUUUGGGUGGUUGCAGUCAUGUUACAGACACUGUUCUUCAAAAGGUUUUUGCUAAGCAUACUGUCAUGUUGGGGUGGCUUUCACAUUCAUUGUAUGAAUUUGCCAGGGCACGGUUAAAACUUACUACUGUAUUUUUUACCUUCAUGAAAUGCUGUGAGUUGAAGUAUUGUAUCUGUUUCUGUAUUUAAAAAAGAAUUGAAACUUACAUGGAAAUAAUUUUAAAAUGACAUUCUAGGGCUCUGCUAUGCAAAACGUAGUCUUGAGGACCACCAAAUCAUGUCACCCAGUGCUUGUUAGAGAUGCACAGUCCCACGGGACUAGUGCAUUUGGCCAUGUAUAAACUGCUUUUCCAUAGGAGGGGUAACAUUUCAGGCUCUUUUCUUCCAGUACUCAGUACUUCCUUUUCUGUGCCUUUAAGGCUCCUGGAUGCUAUUCAGUCUUUUCACAGCAGGUGCAUCACUAUUCUUCAGGAUAUUUUAAGGCCAAAAUAACAUUGUUUAGGUCUUAGAAGUCUUAAAAAAAAUACAUUUUUAUGCAAAUUGGAUAUUAAGAUACAGUAUUCAAAUCCAAAUGGGUAUUAGUGUAUAGCCUUUGUUGCUUUUAGCCAAAAAAUGGUAACAAGCCACCAACCAGUGGUAUUAGGUAACAAGUACAGUAUGAAAAACUGAUGCCUAAGAAUGGGUACUGCUAAUUUAGUUUACAAGUUCAAGGCUUUAAUCUUAAUACGGAAGUACUUGAACUUUUGAAAUAGCAUAGUGGUUUGGUAUCACCUCAUUAAGCAUAGUACAGUGGUUCUCAAAGUUUGGUUCCAGGAUCAAGUGUCAUUAGUGAACUUGUAAGAAAUGCAUUCUUGGGUCUCACCCUAGACCUGAUGAAUCGGAGACCAGGUUUCGGACCCAGUGCUCCAUGUUUUCACAAGCCCUGGUCCUGAUGUAUACUCAAGUUUGGAGACUACUGGAGUGGUGGCUACUGGGAUAGUAAGUCUUCCAACACUAGUGUGAAUGCAGUUCCACUUAAUUAGGUUUGAAAAUGUACAAAUGUUGGAAAUGGAACACUAAAAUAAUGAAACCCAACCUUGUGCCUAGAAUAAAUGUACCUACAACCAAGCCCACAAAUUAUAAAUUAUGUAAUUUACAGCUGAUUCAGUUCAGUUAUUGCACAUAUACUUGUUUACUAUGUGUGUUUGCAGGAUUGUUUAUAUACUUUAUAUAACCAUAAAACUUUUUACAAAACUACAUUUUUAUAAGUAUGCAAGCUUGCAAGGUGAAAAUAAAAUAUGUUUGCCUGAUAGUUGAUAAAUGUAGCAUUUAUACUGG